AUGAGGUCCUUGUAGAGCCAAACCAACUAACCAGCGGAGAACUUCCCUGCGCGUUUCCUAGAGUCAAGUGUCCCCGUCUCCCAAAUGGCUGUGUCCUCCUGCCCGUGUCCCAAGUACUACGCCGCCGCUUUCUCUCCUUCCUUCGAGUGCCGUUCCGAUCCAUGCGGCACGGACCAGCCGAGUCACGGCCGGUUUUCCUGCCGAGUCAAUUCGGUUCGUCAUGGAACGGCGUCAUUUCUCGGCGGCGGAAUGUCAUCUCUGAUCUUGAAAUUCCCUCCCAACUUCGUGCGCCAGCUCAGCACCAAGUCCCGCCGGAACUGCAGCAACAUCGGUGUGGCGCAAGUCGUUGCCGCUUCGUGGUCCGACAAUUCUGCUACAGGUAUUCCCUCGGCGGCGGCUGCCGGCUCCGCUGCAAUCCCCGCCAUGCCGGUCGAUUUGAUUGACGGCGAUGAGGCGACGGUGGUUGAGGGGCGUGAAGAAAAUGAACUUGUACAGUUGGAGGACUUAACUAACAGUUUGAAAUACUCAUCGUUUUUGAGCUCCGAUGGGAGCCUCACAAUUCAUGCUGGCGAAAGAUUAGGUCGCGGUAUAGUUACAGAUGCAAUUACGACCCCAGUGGUUAAUACUUCUGCUUACUUCUUUAAGAAAACUGCUGAGCUUAUUGAUUUCAAGGAGAAACGCCGUGCUAGUUUUGAAUAUGGUCGCUAUGGAAAUCCAACAACAGUGGUUGCUGAAGAAAAGAUAAGUGCGCUUGAGGGGGCUGAAUCAACUUUGAUUAUGGCAUCUGGGAUGUGUGCUAGCACAGUCAUGCUGAUGGCAUUGGUUCCAGCUGGUGGGCAUCUUGUGACUACCACAGAUUGCUAUAGAAAGACAAGGAUAUUCAUUGAGACUGUUCUUCCUAAAAUGGGAAUCACGGCCACUGUGAUUGACCCUGCAGAUGUGGAAGGGCUCGAAUCUGCACUUGAAAAGAACAAUGUUUCUCUUUUCUUUACCGAGUCACCAACCAAUCCGUUAUUCAGAUGUGUUGACAUUGAGUUGGUUUCCAAGCUCUGCCACAGUAAAGGAGCACUAGUUUGCAUAGAUGGUACCUUUGCAACUCCCCUUAAUCAGAAGGCCCUUGCUCUUGGUGCUGAUCUUGUUCUGCACUCUGCAACAAAGUUCAUUGGUGGCCAUAAUGAUGUGCUUGCAGGAUGCAUAAGUGGUUCCGCAAAGUUAGUUUCAGAAAUUCGUAAUUUGCAUCAUGUUUUGGGUGGCACUCUAAACCCAAAUGCUGCUUAUCUGAUCAUCCGAGGCAUGAAGACAUUGCAUCUUCGUGUACAGCAACAGAAUUCAACAGCAUUGAGGAUGGCCGAAGUUUUAGAGGGUCAUCCUAAGGUGAAGCGUGUAUAUUAUCCAGGAUUACCUAGUCAUCCUGAACAUCAUAUUGCCAAACGGCAAAUGACCGGCUUUGGUGGGGUGGUGAGUUUUGAGAUCGAUGGAGACUUGAUGACCACCAUAAAGUUUGUGGACGCAUUGAAAAUCCCAUAUAUUGCACCAUCUUUUGGUGGCUGUGAAAGCAUUGUGGAUCAGCCAGCUAUAAUGUCUUACUGGGAUCUUACCCAAUCAGAGAGGGAAAAGUAUGGGAUUAAAGAUAACUUGGUCCGAUUUAGUUUUGGCGUUGAAGACUUUGAUGAUUUGAAGGCUGAUAUAAUUCAAGCCCUGGAGACCAUAUAGGGUGGCAGUUCAACGUUGAAGUCGGUAUUUUCGGAGAUCUGAAGGAUGAAUGCUUUAUGCUUGGAGACUAUAUGAGGCGCAUCAUCAUCGACGUUUUGUUUUUUAUAUUUUAUUUUUUGUCAAUUUCAGUGGUUCAAUUGACGUUUAAUCACCGAAAUUUGUGUCAGUUUGGACAGAUCAUUACUUCAACGAGUAAUGAUUCAUGGAACCUUACUUGUUUCCAAUGUUUUAUUUAGGCAUUAUGAUUUUUCUCU